AUGAAAGCGGAGGCACCUGAAAUUAGCAAGAAGGGUGUCAACACUAUGGAAGCUAUGGGAAAGUCGGAAACCUCAGACCAACCAAGAGAGCACCAUGAAAGGAGGGAAGAAACUAUCAAUGAAAAGAUGAGCCACGAAAUCCAGGAGAUAAAUUCCGCUAUCUAUUUAACCAUCCUGGAGGAAGUAUCAACGCUGGAGAAAGAGGAGGAGUUCAUCAUUGGAGAAUCAAAAAUGGAUAUGGACUGUCUAACAGAGGAAGAAUGA